AAAACAUUCACUUUUUUUUUUAAAAAAAAAAACCCAAAAAUUGUUUUCAUUCGUUACAAUACAAUUUCGUUAAAUUCUCUGAAGAAUUUUCAAACGAUUUCUUGUGAUUUUUGAUGAGAGAGGAUCGAGGUGGAGGAGUCAUGGUGAUGGAGCGGCGUAAUGGAUUGAAUCGAAAGCGAUUUGGAGCUUAUUUGCAGUCCGAUCCGGCGAUUUUUGCUGGUGAUGAUAACGAUUUCUCUCCCCGGCAUAGCAAUGCAUCUGCUGCGACUAGUCCGGUGUAUAACUACGACAAAUCGCCGGCGAGUGGUGACGCUUCACCGUAUUUGAUGUCGCCGUGGAAUCAGUCUGCUUCGCCGUAUUCGAAAUCUCCGUGGAUCGUUCGAUCGGGGAUGAAUCUGUACGACGAUGAAUUUUAUGCUCAGAAUGGACUCAUCGGCUCUCUGGUGCGAGAGGAAGGUCAUGUGUAUUCGUUGGCAGUGGCAGGGGAUUUGUUGUAUACUGGAUCGGAUAGCAAGAACAUUCGUGUGUGGAAGAAUUUGAAGGAGUUCACUGGAUUUAAAUCAAACAGUGGAUUAGUGAAGUCCAUAAUCUUGUGUGGAGAUAGGAUUUUCACAGGACAUCAAGACGGAAAGAUUCGUAUCUGGAAAGUUUCGUCGAAGAAUCCGAAAUCUCAUAGCCGAAUCGGAAGCUUACCGACGUUGAAGGAAUUCGUCAAAAGCUCAAUGAAUCCGAGAAAUUACGUGAAAGUCCGGCGCAACCGCAACGUCCUCCGUAUAAAGCAUUUCGACGCCAUUUCCUCGAUGAGCCUAAACGAGGAGUUAGGGCUUUUAUACUCCGGAUCUUGGGAUAAAACCAUGAAGGUCUGGCGAAUCGCAGAUUCGAAAUGCCUCGAAUCAAUCACCGCUCACGACGACGCCGUGAACGCCGUCGCAUCAGGAUUAGAAAGCCUUGUGUUCACCGGAUCCGCUGACGGAACAGUGAAGGUCUGGCGGAGGGAGUUACAGGGAAAAGGCACAAAGCAUUUUCUGGUUCAGGUGUUGCUGAAGCAAGAAAAUGCCAUAACGGCGUUGGUUGUGAACCUGUCAUCGGCGGUCUUGUACUGCGGUUCAUCAGACGGAGUAGUGAAUUAUUGGGAGAGCGAGAAGCAUUUAUCACACGGCGGAGUCCUCCGCGGCCAUAAACUAGCUGUACUGUGCUUAGCGACGGCCGGAAACUUGGUGUUCAGUGGAUCAGCGGACAAAAACAUAUGCGUGUGGCGGAGGGAAGAGAACACCGGAUCUCACACGUGUCUGUCUGUUCUGACCGGCCACUCAGGACCGGUUAAAUGCUUAGCCGUUAAGGAAGAUGAAGAAGAAUCGCCAUCGUCACCGGAAGAGGAAAGCAAUGUGAAAAAGCUAUACGGAAGCUAUAGCAACCGGCGGUGGAUUGUGUACAGUGGUAGCCUGGAUCGGUCGGUGAAGGUGUGGCGCGUGGCGGAAAACGCGCCGGAGCUGUUGAAACUCCGGGACGCGGAUAGACCGUACAACAAGAAGUAGUGAACGCAAAAAAGGUGAAGAAGUACAGGCCGUUUCAUUUUGCAUGGCGUUUGGGGCAGUUGAAAGAGAUCCGAUUCCCUACGGAAGGGUCUACAGAACUCAAUACAACCAAACCAAUGAAAUGACGCCACGUGCAUUAGCACGAAUAUGACUGGGACGGGUGUAAAUACAGAGGAAGAUAAGGAAGGAAAACGAAAAAAAUGUGCUUGGAAUGCAAAUAGAGAGUUGUUUAGGGGGGGUGACGGUUUGUGAAUACCGAAUUUUUCUGGUAUGAAAAUGGAAGUUUUUUCUUAAAAAAAUGGUUUGUCAUUUCAAGAACUUUGAAUUUGGGAAUUUUCAAGCCGACAUGAAAAUUAAUUUUCCUGUGUCGUGUUGUUUUGAUGUUUUGGAAAAUUAGAGAGGGGGUUGCUUUGUUGCAGCUUUGGAUUUAAGAUUCUGUGUUUGGUGUGUGUUGUUUCUUUUUUUUCUUUUGUAUAAAGAUAUGGUCAUAGAAAUGUUUUGUAGCUUAUCCCUAAAGUAAUAUAAAGGUGUAAUAUUCUCUCA